AUGCAUUGUAAAGCAAAUUAAUUUCACUAGCAAAUAAAAAUUUACAAUGCCUGCAGGAGUUUAGCUUUCAAACAACAAUGGAAAUGGGUUAUUAUGAGUCUAUCAGUCAAAGAACAUCUUUAAACUAACGGGAAUAACCAAACCCCUUCUUUCUCUCCUCUUUUAACAGGGUGGUACUGGGGCAACAUGACUGUUGCUGAAGCCAAAGAGAGAUUACAGGAUGCCCCGGAAGGGACCUUCUUGGUUAGGGAUAGUUCACACUCAGAGUAUCUACUGACUAUUUCGGUAAAAACAUCAGCGGGACCAACCAAUCUACGUAUAGAAUAUCAAGAUGGCAAGUUUAGACUGGACUCUAUCACUUGUGUCAGGUCUAGACUUAAACAGUUCAACAGUGUUGUGCAUUUGAUUGAGUACUAUGUUCUUAUGUGUAAGGACAGAACCGAAACACCUUCAAAUGGAACAGUUCAUCUUUACUUGAACAAACCUCUCUACACAUCCGCUCCAUCUCUGCAACACCGCUGUAGAAUAACUAUAAACAAAUGUACAAAUCAGAUCUGGGAGCUGCCAUUACCAACAAGACUAAAAGAAUACUUGAAAGAGUACCAAUACCAGGUAUAAAUAUCUUUUCUACAUGCCUCUAAUGUUGAGUAACUUUUGAAUGCAAUUCUUAAAAUCAACCAAAGAACUGAGUAACUAGUUUUACAACUCGGCAUGGAAUUCACAAUCAAAACAGUGGCAGUUCUGGGGGAACGGUUUUUAUUUCAGAUGCAACAAAGGGAGACUUUAUGUAGAAUAAUCCCAGC